AUGAAGACUGAAGACGGCAUCAACGCCGUGGAGAGCCGUGUUGACGGCUCUCAGGCGGACGUCGACCUCAAACAUGACGGCUCCGACGGCAUGACAGCCAAGUACGGCGAGACACAUCGCGGCCUCAAGCCCCGGCACGUCCACCUCAUGGCCAUCGGUGGCUCCAUCGGCGUCGGUCUUUGGGUCGGCAUUGGCAGCGUCCUCAGCAAGGCCGGCCCCCUUUCGCUGAUCCUGGGCUACGCCUUCUGGGGUUGCUUCUUCAUCUGGCCUCUCUACCUCUGCGUCGCCGAAAUGUGCGCCUACCUGCCUGUCCGCGGGUCCAUCUUCACUCUCGCCGCCCGUUUCGUUGACCCAGCCGUUGGCUUCGCCAUGGGAUGGACGUACUUUUUCGCCAGUACCAUGCUCGUGUGCGUAGAGUACAGCGCCGUCGCCACCGUCAUGCAGUACUGGGACCGCGACACGAAUCCGGCCGCCUGGAUCGCCAUGGCCAUGGUCGUCUGCUUCCUCCUCAACGUCGUCGCUGUGCGCUGGUUUGGCGAGUCCGAGUUCAUCAUGGCCUCGACCAAGGUCCUGCUGCUGCUCGGUCUCGUCCUCAUCACGCUCAUCACCAUGUCUGGCGGCAACCCCCAGGGUGACGCCUACGGCUUCCGCAACUGGGGCGCCGGUGCCAUGCACUCGUACUACGCCGAGGGCGGUACCGGCCGUCUGCUCGGCUGGUGGUCCGUCGUCAUCUACGCCGGUUUCACCAUUGCCGGCCCCGACAUGAUCGCCCUCGCGGCCGGAGAGAUCCAGAAUCCGCGCCGCACCAUUCCCCGUGUCGCCCAGCUCAUCUUUUACCGCAUCGUUGGUUUCUACGUCGUCGGUGUCCUGGCUGUUGGUAUCAUCUGCUCCUCGCGCGACCCUCGCCUGGUCGGUGCCAUCAAGAACGGCGAGCCCGGCGCUGCCGCCAGUCCUUGGGUCAUUGGUAUCGAGAACCUCGGCAUCGGCUUCCUGCCACACCUGAUCAACGCCCUGAUCAUGCUUUCCGGAUGGUCUUGCGGUAACGCCUACCUCUACUCUUCCUCCCGCACCCUCUACGGUCUCGCUCGCUCCGGCCAAGCCCCCGCCAUCCUCCUCAAGUGCACCAAAGCAGGCGUGCCCAUCUACUGCGUCCUCGUCGUCUCGGCCAUCACGUGCAUCACCUUCCUCGUGUCGUCCAACUCGGCCGUCGAGGUCUUCUUCUGGUUCGUCGACCUCACGACGACGGCCCUCAUCGCCACGUACACCUUCAUGCUCAUCACGUACCUCGGCUUCUACCGCGCCCGCAAGGCCCAGGGCCUCGCGGACCAGUACCUCCCCUACGUCGCGCCCCUGACGCCCUACGCGCCCGUCGUGUCGCUCAUCUGCGGCUGCACGGCGCUCGUCUUUGUCGGCUUCGACGUCUUCUCGCCCUUUAGCAUCCGCGGCUUCAUCACGUCCUACUUUGCCCUGCUGUGGGCGGCCGUCAUGUUCGGCGUCGGCCGCUUCCUCGUGUGGAAGCGCGGCGGCAAGAUGGGCUUCAUCGCGGCCAAGGACGCCGACCUCAUCAGCGGCAAGGACGAGAUUGACGAGGAGUGCCGCCACUGGGAGGAGGGCGGUAUCGAGGAGGUCGAGAAGGCCAGGCUGGCCAAGAUGAGCGUUGGCAGGCGGACUUGGGAGAAGAUGUGGUAG